UCAUGUUUUGUAUUUUUGCUUUUCCACAAGAUAAAAUCCCACCCAUUCAGAGAGAGAGAAUCGAUAUAUCUGACCAACAACACACAGUAUCAAUAAAUUUUGGUUCUGUGUGUUUGGUUUUAGGGGGAUAUAUGGUCUUUUCUAUUAUUGACUUGGUCUUCUCACACACACAACACACACCAUGGAGAACCCUAGUUCUUCAAGAAAUGAUAGAAAAACUAUUGAGAGAAACAGGAGGAAUCAAAUGAAGGCACUCUACACACAACUCAAUUCCCUUGUACCCCAUCAAAAUUCAAGGGAGCCGGUAUCGCUCCCGGAUCAACUAUAUGAGGCUGAAAAGUACAUAAAGAAGUUGCAGAUAAGCUUGGAGAAACUGAAGGAGAGGAAAGACAGUUUAAUGGGAAUUGAAAGGCCUUUCCCAAGCAAUAAUAGUUGUGGGACUAAUGGAACAAGAUUGCCGCAAAUUGAGAUUCAUGAGAAUGGUUUGGCACUGGAGAUUGCUUUGAUAACUAGGUUGGAUUGUCAGUUCAUAUUCAAUGAGACGAUUCGAGUGCUUUGUGAAGAGGGGGUAGAGAUUGUUAAUGCUAGUUUCUCUGUUAUUGAAGAUACUGUCUUCCAUGCCAUACAUUCUAAGCUCGAAGAAUCUGCCUCAGGAAAUGAAGCUGCAAGGAUCUCGGAGAGACUAAGGAGGUUUGUUGUGUAGGAUAUUACAAAUUCAUGCAUUUUGAAGCAAAAUUAUUUCAAGUUUUAGCCUUCAAUAGAGAUAUGUAGUGUCUCUAUAGUUUGUCUACCUGUAUGUAUAUGUUUCUUAUCGAAUGCUUCACAAUAGUAAGGGUACUUUGUCAAUCUCCCGUGUGCACUACUACUACUACCCUUUUGAAAUGACUUCAUUGAGAAACAUUUAACUAGCCCCAUGAACUAUGUUGAUGAUCCAAUUUGAUUAUAUCUAUGUAUGUUGAUGCUA